GAGGGGGGAGAGAGGGGCGCUUUACGCAAUGAGGGGCCGGUGACUCAAAAGAACUGGCGACAAAAAAAGACCAGCCGCAUCAACAGUGAUCUCGGCCAGCAAGCCAGAGCGCUGAAUGGCUGGGCGGGCUGCGGGAUGCGGGUGACGCAUGCCCUAAGCCCUACUGGGCAGUCCGCUUUGGGCGAGCUUCGAGAAAAAGAAGUUUUGGAUAAGGCUGCAGCAGCUUCAACUUGCCCGCUACGGCAGCACUUCGGACUGGAUUCCGGGAUUGUCAGCUCGUUGCUGGGAAGAACAGCGAGCGUCACAGGUUACUGGAUCUAUAAGAAGCCAUCCUCGCCAUGCCUUCGCCUUUUCUCACGCCGGGGACCGUGUCCCGCCCGGACGAACUGGCCAUCCUUCACCUCCGCAGAGACCUGCUUAUCCCCACCAUUUUGA